AAUAUAAAAUGUUCGGUAAGGAGUGACAUGCAGCGGCGCUGUAGUGGAACCAGUUAGGAAUUAUCAUCAAAUAGAACGUCUUCAUUAGAAGGCAUCAAUAAAGUAAUCACAAGUUGCGACAUCGACGACUGACGACUGACAACUGACGACUGACGACACUACGAGCGAGCUUAUCGCCAACGAAUAUAUAAGGAGUGACAUUCAACGGAGAGGAGCACAGGAGGCCGCACCACGCAGCGCUCACACAAACAAAUAGAUAGAGAGAGAUGACGAAACCGGAACAGCUGGAGGAAGAGGAGGAGCUGCAGCUGGACAGGGCGGGCGGGCGGCCAGCCCUGGAGCGCCUGCUGCCGGCGGCGCGCUGGGCCAGACUGUACUCGCGGACGGCGGCCGCGGCGGACCUGGUGGCCGGCCUCACGCUUGGCCUCACACUCGUGCCGCAGUCCAUCGCCUACGCCGCACUGGCCAACAUGCCCGUCCACUACGGCCUGUACUCCGCCCUUGUCGGGUCGCUGGUGUACUCCGUGCUCGGCACGGUCCGUCAAGUGUCCAUCGGCCCGACGUCCUUGACGUGUCUGAUGACGUUGUCGGCGACCCGCGGCCUGCCCCCGGACGCGGGCGUGCUGCUCUCCUUCCUGGCCGGGUGCGUGGUGCUCGCCAUGGGACUGCUCAGACUCGGAUUUCUGGUGGACCUGAUCUCUCCAGCGGUGACGAGCGGCUUCACCACCGCCACGGCCAUCAUCAUCGUGUGCUCGCAGCUCAAGGGACUACUGGGACUCCGCUUCACGGCCGAGUCUCCCGCCGAGAACCUGACGCUCAUCCUGCAGCAGUGGAGGCUCGUGAGGACCAACGACCUCGCGCUGGCGAUCAUCUGUUGCACCGCCCUGCUGUUACUACGAAAGCUCAAGGACCUGCCGGUGAGUCCUAAGAAACCGAAGCUGAAGAAGGCGCUCUGGCUAAUUUCGAUCUCCCGCAACGCGCGGGUGCUGGCUGCCUCCACGUUCGCUUACUGCAGUUACGACCAGCGGCAGCCUCUGUUCCUACUGUCAGGAAAAGUGGAGCCGGGCCUCCCCAAGCUCGCUCUGCCGCCCUUCAGCACCCGACUCGGAAACGAGACCUUGGGCUUCGUGGAGGUAACGCGCCGCCUCGGACACAACGUGCUGCUGCUGCCCUUCAUCAUGGUCAUGGCUAACAUUGCCAUCGCCAAGGCCUUCGCGGAGGGCGGGCGCGUGGACGCCACUCAGGAAAUGUUGACGCUGGGCGUGUGUAACAUCCUAUCAUCACUGGUCCGCGGCCUGCCCUCGUGCGGCGCCUUCACCCGCUCGGCCGUCAGCCAGGCGUCGGGCGUGCGGUCGCCGGCGGCCGGGGUGUACUCAGGAGCCGUGACGCUGCUGGCCCUCGUGUACCUCACGGAGUACUUCUUCUAUAUACCGAGGGCCUGCCUCUCGUCCGUCCUCAUCUGCGCCGUCGUGUUCAUGAUCGACCUCUCCUUCGUGCUCCGCGCGUGGCGCUCGUGUCGCUGGGAGGCAGCGGUGGUGGUGGUGACGUGCGUGUCUUGUGUGGCGGGCGGCGUGGGCGCUGCCGUGGCAGGAGGCGCGCUAUGCUCGGUGGCAGGCCUGCUGCGGGCGGCGUGUCCCGGCCCGCUCGUGCGUCGCCGCGGCUCGUCGCUGCUGGUCCGCCCCCGCCGUUCGCUCGUGUUCGUGAACGCGGAUCGCGCGGCGAGUGUCGUCCGGUCGGCACUGGCCGCGUCGCCUCUGCUCCGGCGGGUGUCGUUCGACUGCGGCUCCCUCGUGUUACUCGACUACACCGCCCGGAGGGUCCUGGAGCGGUUGAUCGAGGAGCUGGAGGCGGCCGGGUAUGACGUGGUGUUCUACAACGCGAACCCCGAGGUCGAGGCCGACUUGCGGCUUGUGGCGCGUCUGGACCCGAGCUGGCUCCUCGUGACUUCGUCUCCCGCCCCGCCCCGGAGCGCUCCUACAGGCGAGGAGGGGGCGCUGCUCGGUGACGCGGAGGUGUAAAGAAAGUAACGUCAAAAAGUAGAGGACGAUGUUCUACCUCAGUUAAUAAUAAUACUUAAAUUAUGUAUUCCCCUACCCGUUUAGCAUUACAAAGUUUCCUUCUUUCUAUAUCGUUAUAGUUGGUGUCUGUAAAAUAUUAAAAAAUAUGUGACUAAUAAAAACUUCUCGCUGUG